AUGGCGAGGUCGGUACUGCUGGUGAUCGCGCUGGUACUCCUCGAGGACACGAGGACGACAUUAGCCAGAGCGACGAUCGGCUUCGAUGAGCACGCGGUUGUUGACGUUGACAUGGUGACGGUGGACUCGCUCAGGCGAGAGGUUAGGCAGCCCGCGCCCCAGCGUGUCGCCUUGGAGGUCAGCGAUCUCCUCUCCUCGAGCAACGUGCCCAAGAAAACGUCCCACGACAAUAAGCACAUUAAGAAUUCGUCCGGUAAGUCCAACGAGGGCGGAUUUUACAAGACUUACGGUAGUGACGCCGAUGGCGAGAAGGGCUACUUGAAGAAGACCUUCAGCAAGGGCGACCACGGCUACAAGACUCUCGAUACAUUCCAUAAAAAGCUCGGCGACCGCUAUGGUUUCGAGGAACACGAGGCCUUUGGCAAGGCUUCCGAUAAGGAAGAAGAGAAGCAGGAGGACAAGUCCGCUUCGACGAAGCACAAUCACAACACCGAUCACGAAGGGGCCGGUACCGAUGUCGAAACCCACUAUGCAGACGAUGGCGAAGGCGACCAUUCCGAAUACAGCGAUGGUGGGGAUAGUGGGCAUUAUUCUGGAGACGAGGGCGAAAGCGACAGUUACAGCGAGUCAUACUCCUCGAGCGACGGGGACGGCUACGACAGCGGCUCCGCGGAAUCUUACUCGUCUGGCGGCGAAUCCUCGAACGAGGAGGACGACGGAGAGUCCUACUACUGAUAAGGAUAGCCGUGAUCUUGCCAGCAUCUACUAUUUAAGCUAUUUAAUGAUAUUUAAGGCUCGUACAUGCAUUUAUGCAUACAGACAUACACACUGUACAUCAUGCUCUAUUCAAUAAAUCGCCAACUUCCCAUUUGUAAGUGCCGUGUUAUUGUUUCACUGCAUCAGCCGAGCGGAGCGAGCCGCCGAAAAAUAUAGCGACAACAAUUAUCGGCCGUGUUUCGUGUACCUCUUGAUAAUGCCAACACAUUAGCUGCUCACUGACAGUAUCGUCGGGUCGAAGGGUAAAUUACGUGGCACGCAGGAGCUCCGUCGUUACAAGCGCGCACGCGAUAGCCGCGAAAAUUUGUAGGGAUUGCGCACGAAUUUGUCUCGCGGGUUAAAAAAGCAUUUUAGUCACGCGAUAUAUAAAAUAUUAAUCUUACAGGUUUGCCGACGAUUUACGUUGUCCUUUAUCAUCUCUU